GCGCAGUUUCGGCGGCGUCGGCGGCGGCCCCAGCUGCCCUGGGCGGCCGGCCCUUGGCCCAGGGGCGGGCGGCAGACGCGUUGCGGGGCCGCUGGCCGCCGCUGGGGCCGCCGCCCGCGCGCGGUUGCUGGGCGCAGCGCCCGGCAAACGCCCUCUGCCCGGUCGCGCCGCCGCGACCGCGGGCGGUGCUGCAGUCGCGCCGCGGCAGGCCUCCGCUCGGCGGGGUAGCGGGCGGCUCGCGUCGGCCGGCGGGCGGCUGGCGCGGCGCCGCCGGCAGCGCGGCCGUCGGCGCGAGCGACGGGGGGGAGGCGACCGCGAUGAGAGCCAGGAUCACCCGAGUGCGAGCUGCAGUUGCGUCGCGGGGCUGCUGGCGCUGCUUCGGCCCUCCAUGGAUCGCCGGCUGCUGAGCCCAUGGAGGGGCGUCGGGGUCGGAAAGGCGCAGCGCCCUGGCCCGCCGCCCGCGCCUCUGAUUGCCAAGUUGCUCGUGGCUAACGUCACCAAUUGGCGCGCGAGCUGGAAGGGUCUCCUCGCAGCGGGCGCCGACGCGUGGUUCGCCCAGGAGGCGCGCGCCCCGUCUGGCGAGAGGCGGCCGCGGCCGGGCGUGAAGUGGUUGCGGGGCCUCGGCGCGCUCCCGGCCUUCAUUGUCGGCGACCUCAACUGCAGCCUUGCUGACGCGGGGCUCGACGGGCUGCCGCCCGCGGCUGGGUGGCGGGGCGCCCUCGCCGCCGCGGGGCCGACCUGCGCCCCCUCCCAGGGCGUGCCGUCUCGCCUGGAUCAUGUGAUCGCCAGCCACGCUGCCCUCGGCAUGGUCGGCGCGGCCGGUCCGCGCUGGGAUUUGGGCAUUCCCACCCGCGCCGCGCUGCAGGUCGAGCCGGGCCGGCUCGGUUCGUCGGCGGAAGCGGCUCGGGACGCCGCGACGGCGGCCGCCGAAGCCUGCUGCGGGGGCGCUUUCCAGGACGCCAUCCAGCAGCAUGAUAUCAAAGGAGCCUCGCGGCACCCCGUGCGGCACUGGCUGGCAGCGCGGCGAAGCCUGCCGGCAGUGCCUGAGCGCCCGCGUGCGGCCGCAGCCGUUCGGGCCGAGCGCCCGCCCACCGCGGGGGGCGGCGGGGGCGCGGCGGGCCGCGCGGCCGACGCGGCGUUGCUGCGGUUCCGGCGACUGCGGGCGGGGCCUCCGGCACGCCCGAGGCCGCUCCGCCGAGACGCGGCGCUCCCAGCGACGCUGCCGCGGCGCGCGGAGGGGGGCUGGAAGGCCGCGCGGGCGGAGGCCCCCGCCUGGCGGCGCGCCGAGCGGCGUCGCUGGGUCGAGGAUGCAUUCGCCAGCCGCCAGGGCAAGCUCUACCGCUGGAUCCGCGGCGGUGGCACGGUCGAGGCCGAGCUCGCGCCGGCGGACGGUGCAGCGGCCGCCGCCGACGCACCAGGCAGCCGCCAGUGGCUGCUGGCCCUGCAGGGUGGCCCCGCGGCACGCUCGCGGCUCUACGAGGGCGCCUGGAAGGCGAUCCGGCAGCGGUGGCCUGCUCUGGCGGUGGGUGGGGAGUGGUUGCACGAGCUUGACGGCUUGCCGCCCGGGCGCCUUGGUCCGCGGAGAUGGUCGGGCGGCUGCUCCAGCGCAUGCCCCGGCGGAGAAAGCCUGGGCUUGAUGCUUGGCCCAUCGGCGGGUUGCGGCUGCUUCCCGCGGAGCUGCGUGCAUGUGUCGCGGACGCGCUCGCGAGCGUCUGGCGCGCGGCCGCAGGAGCUCGCGGAGCCCGAGGGGCUGCCGUUGCCGAAACCAGGGGGGCGACGGGCCACUGGAGCGUCGGCCCAUUUGGUUGUUGCCAAUCCUGCACCGCCUCUGGGCGGCAGGGCGCGCUUGCGCUCGCAGUGGCGCUCAUCGUGGGGCGGCGACGAGUGGCGCCGCGGCGCAGACGAGCAGGCGUGGGAGCUCGCCCUGGAGCUCGAAGCGGCG